AUGGAUGGAACUCCCUUUACAAAGAUGCCCUCUCUCAAACAAGAAGGAUCUUUCAGCAGCGCCCUGUUCAAUGAACCAAUGAGUGAGAUCAUUCGCAAUCUGGCAAAGGAAUCCGAGUAUAUUCAGGGCAUGGAUAAAGGAAUACUUGACCCCAACGUCUUUGGCGGAUACACGGUGCAGGAUGCUGCUUAUUGCUUCAAUGCAGUGGAUCCUUACGAACGAGCUGCUGAGAAGAUGCAAGAAGUUGGCAAACCAGAAUUCUCUUUACUUUACAGGACUCAAUCAGAGAGUUUCAAAAGCUACAACCAGUAUUUUCUACAAACAUGGUGGCUCCAGAAUACAGACAGCGUAGCAAUGGGGCCGGCUGCAGCAACGUACGUGGGAUAUGAACGUGCCUUGAGCCAAAACGAUCCCAAGUACCUUUGUAAUGCCAUGUUACCAUGUGCCAUGCUAUGGCCCUGGAUUACCGACCAACUCAUCGCUUCAGUCGACAAGAACCCAUAUCAUAUCUGGUUUAAAGACAACAAGCCAAGCCCGGGCCACAAAAACCACCUGUGCGGCUUGCGAUCAAACCCUGUUUUACUACUCGUCCUUUAA